AUGCUAUUUACCAGUAACCUUGCACACUAAUAGCUUUAAAUGAAAGCAUAGUACGUAAGACCUCAUGUAUGAUGCGUAACCCCAUCGCUCUACACCCAUAGGUCGCCAGCUAUCGGCGGGACUAUCCUCAUACGAUAGCAGUAGCGUUUUACUAGACUCGAAGCAUGUGGAAUAAUACCCGUCGGGGUUGGCAUUCAAGGUGCCCUCAAGCAUUGCCAAGGCGCCAAGGACAACGCAAACUUUUGGGUCGAGGUUACCCAACCAACAUGCUUCUACACAUUCUGCUUAUGCUUUCGUCGGCGACGCUCGCCUUUUCACAAGCAAAUAUGGCUCCCAAUGGGUGGACGUGCUACGAGGAUUCGGAUGUCCCACCGGGCUUUGGGGAUGGCUUUGAACUCCAAGGCAGUUUCACUGAUGUAGUGGAUCAGGCCGUUGAAUACCAUUAUGACAAUAUAGUAUACCUUACUGGCGGCAAUGAGGCCUUCCUUUAUGAUGGUGCUAUUACCGCGGACAGCCGACUGUACUCCCCUGGCAAAGUGCUGUGCAUUAAGGGGGGAGCAGGCGGGCCCUUCGUUGCAAGUCACGCUCCUCCGCCGGCGACCGCGCCGCCAGCACCCAAACCCGCCUCAGAGCGGCCUGUUAUUGACUUCUAUUUCUGCUAUCUGGAUGCGGACAUACCGAACAAGUUACUACAUGUGUUCGAUGAGCAAGGACCCUAUAAUGCGACGCAGUUUGCGGAAGAAACUCAAAACGAUUAUGGAGCUUUCGUAAUCUCCGCUGAUAAAAUGCGCAUCAAUGCCUCCUAUGACACUUAUACCGCGGCGGACAGGGUGUACUCCCCGGGCGCAGUCCUGUACUUAUGGGGUGACGGGGCCCUAGGCGGACCCUGCACACCAACGCUUCCACCCACACCGUUCCCUCCACCUUCACCAGUGCCGUCGCCAUCACCCUCGCCGUUGCCAGUGCCCACGCCGGUGCCCACGCCGGUGCCCUCGCCCGUGCCCUCGCCGUCGCCAUCGCCGGUGCCCUCGCCAGUGCCCUCACCGUCGCCCUCGCCGGUGCCCUCGCCUUCACCCUCACCGGUGCCGUCACCCUCGCCGUCGCCAGUGCCCUCGCCAGUGCCCUCUCCGUCGCCCUCUCCUUUGCCAGUGCCCUCACCGGUGCCCUCGCCGUCGCCCUCACCGGUGCCCUCGCCCGUGCCCUCGCCAGUGCCGUCGCCAUCACCCUCGCCGUCGCCAGUGCCCACGCCGGUGCCCUCACCGGUGCCCUCGCCCGUGCCCUCGCCGUCGCCAUCGCCGGUGCCCUCGCCAGUGCCCUCGCCGGUGCCCUCUCCGUCGCCCUCUCCUUCACCAAUGCCCUCACCGUCGCCAUCACCGUCGCCGUCGCCGGUGCCCUCGCCAGUGCCCUCGCCGGUGCCCUCGCCUGUGCCCUCGCCGGUGCCCUCGCCUGUGCCGUCGCCAGUGCCCUCGCCCAUGCCCUCGCCCGUGCCAUCGCCUGUGCCCUCGCCAGUGCCCUCGCCGUCGCCCUCUCCUUCGCCGGUGCCGUCACCCUCGCCGUCGCCAGUGCCCUCGCCAGUGCCCUCGCCGUCGCCCUCUCCUUCGCCGGUGCCCUCGCCAGUGCCCUCGCCGGUGCCCUCGCCGUCGCCCUCUCCUUCGCCAGUGCCCUCGCCGGUGCCCUCGCCGUCACCAUUGCCCUCACCGUCGCCCUCACCGGUGCCCUCGCCCGUGCCCUCGCCGGUGCCCUCACCGUCACCCUCGUCGUCGCCAUUGCCCUCACCGGUGCCCUCGCCAGUGCCCUCGCCGUCGCCGUCGCCGGUGCCCUCGCCCGUGCCCUCACCGGUGCCCUCGCCGUCACCCUCACCGUCGCCAAUGCCCUCACCCGUGCCCUCGCCGGUGCCGUCGCCAGUGCCCUCGCCGGUGCCCUCGCCGUCGCCCUCUCCUUCACCUGUGCCCUCGCCGUCGCCCUCGCCGGUGCCCUCGCCGUUACCCUCGCCGGUGCCCUCGCCGGUGCCCUCACCAUUGCCUUCGCCAUUGCCCUCACCGUCGCCCUCGCCGGUGCCCUCGCCCGUGCCCUCGCCGGUGCCCUCACCAUCACCCUCGCCGGUGCCCUCGCCUUCACCCUCACCGUCGCCCUCGCCCGUGCCCUCGCCGUCGCCGUCGCCAUUGCCCUCACCAUCACCCUCACCGGUGCCCUCACCGGUGCCCUCGCCCGUGCCCUCGCCGUCGCCCUCGCCAGUGCCCUCGCCGGUGCCCUCUCCGUCACCCUCACCGUCACCAUCGCCGGUGCCCUCACCCGUGCCGUCGCCAGUGCCCUCGCCGGUGCCCUCGCCGUCGCCCUCUCCUUCACCAGUGCCCUCGCCGUCACCCUCGCCGGUUCCCUCGCCCGUGCCCUCGCCGGUGCCGUCGCCAGUGCCCUCGCCCGUGCCAUCGCCUGUGCCCUCGCCAGUGCCCUCGCCGUCGCCCUCUCCUUCACCAGUGCCCUCGCCGUCGCCCUCACCGGUGCCGUCGCCGUCACCCUCGCCGUCGCCAGUGCCCUCGCCAGUGCCCUCGCCGUCGCCCUCUCCUUCGCCGGUGCCGUCGCCGUCGCCAUCGCCGGUGCCCUCGCCCGUGCCCUCGCCGGUGCCGUCGCCGGUGCCCUCGCCGGUGCCGUCGCCGGUGCCCUCGCCGGUGCCCUCGCCGGUGCCGUCGCCGGUGCCCUCGCCCGUGCCCUCACCAUCGCCCUCGCCAGCGCCGUCACCGUCGCCCUCUCCUUCACCGGUGCCCUCUCCGUCGCCCUCGCUGUCGUCCAGCCCCCCGUCGCCGUCUCCCCCCAGCCCCCCGUCGCCGUCUCCCCCCAGCC